GCCUAUCACCCCGUUCGCGAGUCAACUUCUGAGAGCCACGUCCCUAAAAUCUGUAGGGCAAGCUCUCGCAUUCUUUUUCUCUCCCGGCAGAUUGUGCAUCUAGAAGGGCAAAGCGCGAAAGGCGCUCCAAUUCGUCAAGAUGUCGCAAAUUGCUUCCAAGAACAUUUACGAGCUGCUGGGCAAUGACCCCGAGCUCGACCCCGACAGGCCGGCUGACCCACCGACGAGGGCAAUUGAGAAGCCCGUCAUGAGGCACGGCAAGCGCGAGGGAACCGAUGCCCCUAAGCCCAUGCCCGAGAGGAUGAGCAACCAGAACCGUGCCAAGCAGACCGACAACGCCAACGAGAACGCAUUCCGGGAUCGCGGCGUCGGCUCUGACAAGAACCGCGGAAGGGGAUCUGGCGAGCCUACUGGCACUGGAUCUCGUGGUGGCCAGCGUGGCCGCGGUCGCGGUGGUCGCGGAGGUCGCGGAGGCGCUGCCCAGGGUGACCGUCAUAGCAGGACUGGCAUCGCCGAGCACGACAAGCAGGCCGCACACGGCUGGGGCGGAAAGGACGGCGAUGCCGAGUUGGCUGACGAGCAGGCUGGAGAGGCCAUGGCUCAGGCUGAAGAGAAGGACGCUAUCAAGGAGGACGCUGAUGGUGAGGCUGAUGCCGAGCCCGAGGACAAGAGCAAGUCCUACGCUGCCUACCUCGUUGAGCUCGCUGAAAAGAAGCUCUCUCUUGCCGCCCAGAACGUCCGCAAGGCCAACGAGGGCAGCAGCACCAAAUUCCCCGAGGGCACUGCUCUCGCCCGUGAGGAGCAAGAGGACUUCAUGGCCGGUUCCCAAGGCAAGGCCAAGCGCGAGCGCGCCCGCAAGGAGAAGGUCCACGUUGAGCUCGACGGUGACCGCAUGCUUGCUCCCCCUCCCCGUGAGGGCGGUAGCCGAGGAGGACGCGGCCGUGGCGAAGGUCGUGGCGAGUUCCGCGGUCGUGGCCGUGGCGGCGGUGAAUUCCGUGGCGAGGGACGUGGUCGCGGUGAAGGCCGUGGCGAGUUCCGCGGACGUGGCCGUGGUGGUGAGGGACGUGGACGUGGCGAGGCCCGUGGUCGUGGAGGCCGCGGUGGUGCCCAGUCCAACAUCAACAUCACCGAUUCCAGCGCCUUCCCCAGCCUGGGCGCAUAGAUUGCGUCAAAACUGGUUGCGGCCUGAAAACAGGACGUACCUGCAUCCGACAGUCAAGUGUGGAUGAGAUGAACGAAUGAACAAGCUAUCUCACGACGGGACGAGCGAACGGAGAGCGAAAGCACAAUAUCAAGGAAUCUCGAACAGAGAUGUCGGCGGGCUAAAAUACUUACAUCUACCGGUACCACGAAUGUAGUGAACUUGAGCUCAACCUUUGCAAGUGUUUUGAUUCCCCGGUUGGUCUUCUCACGUGUGGUAGUCCGUUUCUACGAACAAGAAUAAAAAAUUGUAACUGACGACUGCGCGUACCUUGGUGCUUCCUAGCCUGAAACUCUUGUCGCUGUUACGAUGCAUUCGCGUGGUGAAUGGGUGGUCCUCAUGUUAUCCCAACGCAUGCUAGAAUACUAGAUGUCCAACUAAGUAUAUCUAGUAGUAAUAUGAGACAGCUGAGC